AUGAGCUUGAAGGCUCUGUGUGAUGCUGCCAUUGCUGGUUGCUUGGUCGGGGAGCGGGGGCAGAAGCAACAACAGCGACAGCAACGUGCAGUCUUAGAGUCGAUGUUUCAAUCCCCUGCUCCUGCGUUGGAGGAGGCCCCUGCGGUGCAGGAACUGCGGCGAGCCGCGCAGGUCUUUGUGAGGGAGCAUGCACACCUGCUGGAUUCGGGCACCGUCAGCAACGCUGCAUCUGUAAAAAGGGAGAAGCGUCCCGUCUGUGAAAGUAUUCUGCGCGAUGCGGAAGCCACCGAGGCCUUGAAGGCGGAGUGGCGACAGAUCCUCCAAAGAACGUACACCGUCUCUGCGAAAGAUGUUGUCGCCAAACCUUUUCUUGGCAGAGUGGAAGCGAUCGACCAGAAACCCCAGCCGAAUGUCAUGAGUUUCGACUCAGACGACGACGACAAGAACAACCACAACAACAGCAACCAAAAUAAUACUAAUGGUGAUGAUGAUGAUGGAGACAUGGUGUGGGAAGCACUGCAGUUGAAUGAGAAACCGUCGUGCGGUAACGCCGCAGAGUUUAUAGCGUCGUGUUUUCGGGAGUGGGAAGAGGCGCGUCGCAUUGUGGAGGGCGAGAGGGCGAAGGAGUUCCUUCGCGCGCUACACGAAGUCGUCGAUACGGGUCUUGACGCUGUUAUCAUUGACGGCAAUUGGGACUUCUGGGAGGCUUCGCUGGCCUCCUGUGUUGCGCAGGACACGGCGUCGCUAGAGGCUGUUGCGGUGGUGGAUCUGCUGUACGCGCGCUGCGCGCCCCGACACAAGGUCCUUCUUAUCGAGUGCAUCUCUGAGAGAAUUGAGCGAGCUGAAGAGGAUGUGGCAGGUGCGAAGGAAAACUAUCUGCAGCUACUGAGCCGGCUCCUGCUGCACACCCCAGAGGACAUAGUUCCUUUCAUGGAUGAUGAAAUCCUCCAUCUGCUUCUGUGUGGAAUGCGCGUUGUUGUGAAUCACAUAGACUUCUUUAACACGGUCGAUCCCCAGGCACGCUGGCUAAAAGGCCUCAUGGUUCGUCCAUCAGUCCUCCGCGAUAUUGUGCUGCUGCCGGCAACAGAACCAGAAGUUGUGAGCAAAAUAGCGAGAGCGAUGCCUGCACCACAUGCCGUUGGGUUGAUCCUAACGAUGCUUCCAUUGUGGGUGCAGCAGCUCCACGACAGCCGCACCUUCACACAGCUCUUUGAUGGAAUCGUAGAGGCGGUCGUGAAGGAACGUAUUUCUCCCGAAGCAGUAGAGGAUGCCUUGGCGUGCAUUGGCCGCUGCAUCCGCGGCAUAACUCUUGAGAGACGCUACGCACACUUCAGAAAGGUGUGCGACGCUAUUACCCUCAGCCGUCACAGCGAAGCCAAGGAGUCUGUGCUGCGACUGCUGAGGCUUCUCCUGCGCUUCGCCCUCCCUUCUGCCCAUGAAUCUGAUGUGAAAUACAGACUACCGGCAACGCACUUAAAAUCCCUUGAAAAGGGGCUUUUGAAAAAAUCGGAGAAUUGGUCAAAAACGAACGCGGCUAGUCAAGAGAUGAUUGGCAAGUUCUGGCGGGAGCUGCUACGUUGGUAUGCGGCGGACCUGCCUAAAGUUGUUGCGCACGUCGUGAAGACGGUAUGCCGACACGAGAAACGGCCGGGGAUGCCGUGGGAUGAGGGACACCUUGUUGCAGUCAGCCAAUCCAUCCCGCUGUGGCGCGGGCUCGAAGAGGUCUUGGAAGACAAACAACGCGCAAGCUCUCUCGACUACGUGGCACUCAUAAACCACAUAUGUGCUGAUGACAUGAAGUCCUCAGAUCAACUUUCACGGCAAGAAAGCCAGAGAAUAGGUAUGUGGUGUAUGUUGAUGCGGUGGUGUACGAAUGCCCACGCUCGUCGUGGCCUGUUUCGAGCGACGACAAAAGCGCUACGGUCUCUCACAAAAGACAACAGCAUCACGGAUAAUACCCUUCUUGCUAUUCCUGUCGAGGAGUUCGGCACACUUUUCUGUAUGCCGCAAGCACUUACACCAGGGGAAAUGAAGAGGCAGCGCCGCCUAGUUGUGUUGCUCUCCAUCAGGUUGUGGAUUGCCGCGCUAAGUUCUCCAGUGGAGACCCCAAUACCUGCUCAGUUGGAUGUAAUUGGCAUGAUCCUUCAACAACUUCGGGCCUCAUGGGUCGAUUUCAACGCCAGCGAUAUGGCAUCGCGAGAGCCUUUGGGGGAAGAGUCUUUACUGAUACUUUUAUGUGUGUAUGCGUUGAGCAAGUUGACAAGAGUAGGAGGCAGUUCUCCCACGUAUGAACACCAGCUGCAGAGUGCUCUACAGCAGCUGCUCUCAGAAAGGCGGGGGUUCGACCCGAUAACGCAGCUUCUGCGCUACUUAACAACUGGCGUUGACUGCGAUCGCCUUGCUCCUGUUCUUGCUAAUCGAUUUGAGGCGGCGUGUGAGCCACCUAUUGUGAGCGGUGUCGAAAAGUGCGAGCGUUCUUUGCUUCUGGAAGUGGAAGACAAGGGGCUCGGCGCGCUAGAGCGUUUACUCGGAAAAAGAACGGGAAAAGGUGAAAAAAGAAAAGAAAAUGCGGGGGAGAAGGGUGAAGAACGUAACCUCCGCUCCGUUCUGUUGUUGCUGCUUCAACUGCACGCAGGUGAUGCAUCUCGAGCUGCUUUAGUCUUCAAUGCGUAUCCCACGCUGAAGUGGGGAGCAUACUCGCGGUGCACCGAGCUGGCGGUAGGAAUCGUGCAGCAUCUUCUUGAUUCCCACCCGCAGGUGGAGGAUGUUCUUCGGUGCAGGGGCGUCGAUGUGUAUUACCUUUCCCUGUUGUGUGUCUGUCAAUGGCUGCGCGACCCGAUCAACUCGGCGGAUCUCGCCAGCGCCUCGAUUGAGAAGUUCAUGCUUCUUGGGCAGGCGGCAUGGGAAAGGAUCGUUGCAGAGAGUUUGUACACUUACGUCAAGGCGCGUUGCGAGGAAGUGACAGAGACCGACGGACUAGCAAGCUCGAGGUCAGAGUCGGGUGUGUUCCCGGUGAGCCUGUUUUUAGCCUUGUGUCUCACAAAAGCCUUCGCCCUCGUCGAGGGUGUGUGA